CAUUCAGUGCAGCGUAGCUUACUGACCCAUUCAGCGGUAGUAGUAGGAACUUAGUCUAUUUCGAAACCAUUCCCUACAUACCUUAAACGGAACGGAACAGCGAGAAAAAGUACGAACACCAAAUCAAUAAAAAUGUCAAGUCCUAGUGAUGGUGUCGGUUGUCGAUCGGGUCGAUUUUUACUAUUAAAUAAAUCGCUCUUUUCAAUUACCGACAAAGCUGUCAUGCUGAUUCCAAUUCUAUUAAUGAUGAUACAAUUUAACACCCCUACGGUCGUAGCGUUACGAUGCUAUGCCUGUGGAUUAACACAAACUUCCGGCGAUGUGAGGUGCGUUACGGAGCCACAAAGCGUCGAGGGACAGAGUGUAGUCACCUGUUCCAGGAAGUACUGUACCAUCACAAGGCAGGAGCUGGUGGAUCCACCUGGCAAACUGGUUACUUUCUUGAGAGGAUGUGAGGAGAGCCCACUGUAUCUUGACGAAGUCAUCGAAGAUCCAACGUUCAUCACCUACUAUCGGUCUUGCACCACGGACUUGUGCAACAGCGGUGAUGCGCUCGGUUCUUCCGGUUCCGCCCUGACCGGGCUCAAUGAGGGAGCCUCCGAUAAUCUGCUCGUGCCGGGGUUACCCAACAGCGGAGUUGAACCGCUCGCAACGACAUCUCCAUUACUGCUGAUCAUUAAAAUCGCAUCACUGGCGCUAUCGGCGGUACGCAUCGUCGCGUAGAGCAGCGGCGCGUUCUUUCCGGCGGAAACGGGACAACCGGUCUGAUGAUAUUAAUGAGAUUGGGUGAAGAAUUGAUGGAUAAAAGUUCGAUAUUCAUAAUCUAUUUUCCAAGCGAGCCGGUGUGUGCGUGUGUUAGCUACUGGUUGGGCAUUUGCCGGCGAAAGCGAAUGACUAAAGUUUACUUACUUAAUGGAAGUUGUUAAAUAAAUAAUAUUCUUCUCUAUGGGUUAAAAGAUUUCGUCCCUAAAAGGGCGUACUGUAUGUCCUAACAACAAA